AACCCCACAAGCCAGAUUCGAUCUGAGAUCGUCACGCUUGAGUCUUUUUAAGACACGAGGCGAAAAUGGAUCUUCAAACAACACUGCAGAUGUAAAAGAAGCGCUUGAAGGGACCCUUUUUAGGAAAUGCAAAAGAAGACAUGUUGGGGGGGAGACAAGGCAGAGCAGGGCCUAUGUCCCUCCUCCUUGCAUGUAUCAUGUAACUCCUCAACCUGAAAGGGGGGGGUUGGGGAGGGGAGAGUUGGAUAGAUAACAGCUGAAGCAGAUGCCAGACGAGAAUAUGCGCCUUAGUGAUGAUGAUGAUGCUGAUGAUGAUGAUGCCAUGUAUGUAUUUUGCAGACUACUUGCACGAUACAUAAUAGCCACAUGCAGAAAACACACCUCUCGUGCCUGCAAUGCCUGCACACCUUAUACAUACCUACUACCACCUUCACACAGUUUUAGUCGUACACAGUUUAACUUUACGUCGUCCGUUUUGGGGGAUCCAAGCCAACAUCGAACUCAGAGACGAGACAGGGAACGGGGGCAAAAGUCAAAAAAGGAGGGUUCCCACCAACCACCCAACGAAGCCGAGCCAUGCACUGUUUAAAAAAAAAAAAAAGAAAAAAAAAAAGAAAAAAGAAGCAUAAAGCAUAAAAUAUUAUUAAAGAAAGCCAAAAAAAAAAAGGGAGCAAGAACAGGAACCACAAAGCUCAAAACUGAUUCAGCAGUUAGUUUCAUCGACUUGUGGGUUGAAGGCCCAGGUUCCCGCCGGUCGUUACGUACAGUAACAGCCUCUACCAAUGAUACCAUACGCCGGUUGGCUGUCACUCCUUAUGGCACACACACGGACACACCUUUUCCAGAUCGUGGGGACUUGCGUUUUGCCAUCGUAAAACAGGGAUGCGAUGAUUCGCAACAAGGGUAGGCUAGCAAAAUGGAUGUUGUGCACGAAAUACGGUUGAGGCGGACCAUUGCGACUGGCAGACUGGCAGUCUAGCGGCUAAGGGGCCGUGGGUCAGGAUUCCAUUGCGCUUGAGCUAGCAAAACGAAGCGAAAAAAAGGAGACGA